AUGCUUAAGGCCGUUCUCAGUGUUUUCGCAGUGGCUAUUGUCGCCGCUGCCAACGAGUCGCCCGAACAUGGUGACGUCAAUCUGUGCGGCAGUCUAGCGGUCCUGCCCCUGUUCAACAUCCUGCCGCGCUUUUCCACGCCCAGCGUCUCUGCCCGGGCGCGCACUAUGUCAGCGGCGUCGGUGACUGAUCCCGCCAUGAUUGCUCUGUCUGAGAUGGCCGAGAAUGCUAAGAACUCUGUCGACCUGGCUUCGCGCAUCAUUGCCAACGGCAUUACCGCCAACCACCAGCCAGCGGAGAGCGUGAUUCAGGCCAGGAUUGGCCAGCUCCAGCCCGCUGCUGAACCCGCUGUGCCCGCCACCUCUGCCACUGUCGCAUCGUCGACUGCUGCCCCCGAGACAUCGGCCACUGCUGCUGCUACAUCGCAGACUGCUGCGUCCGACACAGCGGUCCCCGUAUCGUCGGCGCCUGUCCAGAGCCUUCAGGUCUCGCCCAGCCCGAUCCUGGCCGAGUCUGCCACUGGAACCCCGCAUGCAGCCAACCGUAUUGACACGAUUGCGUCGUCGUCUAAUGCCUCCGAUCUAUCGGCUUCGGCUACAGCUGAGUCCGCUUCGGCAGAGUCAUCUGCCACUGCUGCUGCUGAGUCGGCGUCCGAGACCGUUGCUUCGACCUCGGAUCGUAUGGCCCGUGCUGACUCUGUAUCUGCCGACUCGUCAUCGGCCACUGCUGCCUCGUCAUCGGCCACUGCUGCCUCGUCUGUGGAGGCUGACUCUUCGUCGGGAGCAGCAGCGGCUACCUCAGGCACCGCCGCCCGCGCUGAUACUGUCUCUGCUGACUCGUCAUCAUCCUCUGUCUUGGCUGAGUCAUCCUCUAUCUCGGCUGCCACUAUCUCGAGGUCCGGCUGCUCGUGCUGA